UCCCCAAUUUCUCCUGCCUCUCCGCUUAAUCGUUUUCCGGAAGUCCGCCGCUGUCAUCCGUCUCCACUUCCUUUCCACGAAUUCUUUCACUUCUCUGAUCGAAGAUAUCGAGGGAAUUUGUGGCGUCUUUAGGUUUCUUCAGGCCUUCGAUCGGCUGCGUAAGGGUUUGGUGAGGCUUAUUUCUUGGUGGGUUUUCUGGGUAUAAGAAGGGAAAUUUGAUGUCAUGAGAAUUGAUAGGGGAAUGCAGAGAUUGGAUUGCGACCAAGAGGAAAGCGUGCUGCGCCGGAAGGAACAGAUUGGGCGGGGGCUUCGUGCGGGUUCUGCCAAGGUCAGAACUCGUAAUAAAGGAAUGCUUUGAGGUCCGAACCUUUCGAGUAGGGACAAAGAAGGGCUCAAAGAAGUUAAAGCAGCAGACAAGAUAGGGGAAGAAGAUGACUAGAAUCUUUGUUCAGCGUGGAUCGGUGGGGUCUUCCUCGAAUGCCAAUCGCCCUCCUUCGAACUCAGUGCCCCAGCCUUCUGCCUCUCAGGCUGCCUCUAGUUCCAGGGAGCAGGAUGUAGAAAAACAGGUUCUUGAAGACCAGAGUGCACUAAACGAUCCCAGAGAGCCAUCAGAGAGUGGUGACGAUAAAAUAUUGAAGCAUGAUGAUCCUGGAGCUUCUACUGUAGUUGAGGGUGGUUCCAAUGUUUGUUUUGAAGAGGACAGAUCUAUGCAUGAUGUCUCAGCUUCUACAGUUAUUAGGCAAGAGACGAGUGAACCUUGUGUGAACCAAAAAGAUUCUGUGCGAUUAUGUACUGGCUCAUCCCAGAUUGUUAAUGGAGGUUCAUACCCUCCACCACCUCCAGCCCCACCUCCAAAACCGUUUUCCACAAAUUUGGGCUCAAGGAGAACCAGCUUGGGGUCUUCAAACACUGCAAGGAUUAGUUCUUUAAGAAGGCAGUCAGCUUGGCCGGGUGUCUCAACGCGGUCACCAUCAGAAUCUCGGCCUUCUUCUCCAAGGUCAUAUGGUGAAGGGGAAGGUUACAAUAGUGCAGAUGAACAAGGCCCUUGCUAUGCGUCCUCUUUUGAUGAUUCGGAGAGAGAAAGGCUGUUUGACCUUGAGAUACGCCGAACAAAGGGUUUUGAAGUCAAAAAAAUGUUGGAGGAUGGGAAUUGUCUUUUUCGGGCCGUGGCUGACCAAGUUUAUGGUGAGCCAGAAUCUUAUGAUCUGGCAAGACAAAUGUGCCUGGAUUAUAUGGAAAAAGAGAGGGACCAUUUCUCUCAAUUUGUAACAGAAGGCUUCACAUCAUACUGCAAGCGGAAAAGGCGAGACAAGGUCUAUGGAAACAACAUUGAGAUCCAGGCAUUUGCUGAAAUGUACAAUCGUCCUAUACAUAUAUAUUCUUAUAGCACAGAACCUAUUAAUAUCUUCCAGGGAAAUUAUGACACUGACACACCUCCAAUUCGAUUAAGUUACCAUCACGGUAACCAUUACAACUCACUUGUUGAUCCACUCAGGAUGACAGUUGGUGUAGGCCUUGGAAUUAGCAGUCUUCGAGAGAGAAACCUUGAUAAGGACCAGGUGAAGGCUGCCAUUAGAGCCCAGCAGGACCAGCAAAUUGACAAUGCACUUGUGGCUGAGGGACGUUUUUACUCUGAUCUUGAACUGACAGAGAAGGAAAUCGAGCGGAUGGUGAUGGAGGCUUCACGGGCAGAAUAUUUAGCCAAGGACAACCUGAAGCAGUAUCCUUCGUUCCGAGAGUCCUCCACGUCUAGGGCGGAACCAUCAUCCUCUGUGGCAACAACAGGGUCGUCUCGAUCUACACUGGAGGCUGAUGGCCAGAGAGUCUUUUUGCCAGAGACGGUGCCCACCAGCAGCAUGCACACGGUUCUGUCGAUGGGUUUCGGUUACAUGCAGGUCAUCGAAGCAUACAGCAUUUUUGGUGAUGAUGUGGAUUCCAUGGUGUGCUACCUGCUGGAGAUGGGAGGCAACAGGUCUCCCCUUGGCAGGAAUAGACAUAAAGGGAAAGCAGCAGAGUGAGCCUCUACAAGCUUAGCAUAUAGCAGGGUGCAUAUGGCAUAUAGUGUUUGUAGACACGGUCGGUUUAAUAAGGAUGUUAUGAAGGAAGGAUAUCAGAUGCUACCAUUGUUGUAGCCAUGAUGGAGCUCUGAAGCUGUAGAGCAUGCAGCUUUCGGCAUGAGGUGCUAGUUGUGAGUAACGUCAUGAACUAGACGGCAAGUCUUUUAAUAACACUGUUGCCAUGGAUCAUAAAGAAUGAAGAAGGGCUUUCGCUUCUUUGUUGGUCCUA